GGUCUUGUUCGGGUGUUUUACAUCGACGUGUUUUUCCAUUUCUUCCCGGUCUUGUCCGUCUGUUUUUCGGGUGUGUUUUUCCAUCAUUCCGUGUCUGGUCCGGGUGUUUUUUCGUCGGUGUGUUUCCCGUCGGUGUUCCUCAGGGUCAGUCCGGUUCUGUUGACGGUCGGUCUGUUGCUGUGGUGUGUUUCCCGUCGGUGUUCCUCAGGGUCAGUCCGGUUCUGUUGACGGUCGGUGGGUGUCUCUAAAGUAGGUCACAGAAACAGGAAGCUCAGUUAGCCGCUCAUGUAGCUCCGUCAGCUCACCGUGUAACCCCAAGAGUCUCCGGGACCAUCCUCUCUGAGCUGCUGUCGGUGUUGUUCGGUGGAUGUUGGUGGUUUUAUAAGAAGGUAAAAUUAAUUAAAAAUGUCUUUAUUUUAGGAGCUGACUGCAGCGCUGCUAACGAAGCUAGCUACAGAGCUAGCUGAUGCUAGCUCGCUGUGGAGAUGUUUACAGUCACUCUUUUCUCAUUACUCGGUCAGAGUCUGUGAAUCCAGGAGAGUUAGGACAUUUAUCAGCGGGAUUUGGUUUUAAAACUCUGUUUUCUUGAUUAAAUGGGAUCCAUCUGACCUUGUUACAGCCUACUAACAUGUUAAAACCUGCUAACACGGUUAAAAGGCUCGGUGGUUCGGUGUUAGCUGGACCUGUUGGGGAACCGAGGACGGUCCAAAACCCAGACCAGUCCUCUAAAGACCGAAUCCUUCAGUACCUUUGACUAACCUGUGGCUGAGACUAAACUACCAACAGUUCGUUAUCGGGUAACCAGCUGGUCAGGAUGGUGUUUCAGUGACUGUGAUGUUGUUAUAAAAGUUGCUCGGUCAGUGUCUCAGUGGUCCAGAUAAUAUUAAAUAUAAUUAUAGAUUUAAAAUGUUCGUUAUAUUAAACUAAGGAGAAGGUUUUUUAAGUGUUAAAGCAGGGGUGAAUCCAGAAGGGUGGCCGGGGGUGACAAGGGGCCCCUUACAAUCUGAUUGGCCACCCCAUGUGCCACCACAAGAUCCUUACAUAUGAUUGGUUAUUUGCCCCAUCAGAGGCGGGACUUGAGUGGAGAUUGAGUAUUUAGGCCUGAACUAUUCAACUUGAAAAACAAGGACUUAAAGAAAAGGAGUACCUGGUCUUUAAAGGGAUAUUCCAGCAUAAAAUAAAGUUAGUAAAUAAACACUGUUUGUUUGUAGAGCAACAUGUUAAAUAUAUUAUUUUCCUGCAUGUUUUUGAAUUAAAUAAACAUUUGGGCUUUAAGUUAAUUUUCCUUUCUGCAGCUGGACUGAUGCAGGCCGCCUGGCCUCUGGACCGAUCCUGAACUGACUGACGGGCCUUCCUAUUGGUCAGACUCUGCUGCUUCUGCUGCCAUGUCCAGGCGAAGCAGGAAUAGUCCUGCCUGGCGAUAUGUAUGGGGUGGGAUACGGCGGGAUGCUGAUGCCCGGGCUCUUGUGUUGGCUUCUGAGAGUGAAGACUGGAGCUACGAGCGAUUAGAGGUGAGGAUGAAUCAUAAACACGUUUGUUGAUGCGGACGCUCAGAGCUGCAGUGGUUCAUGUCUGUUUCAGAGAUGUUAUUCUCCAGGGUUCGUAUGUUAGCGGUCCAGCUGGUGUUCGAUCGAGGUCUUGAUCAUUCUGAUGUUGCUCCCCAGUACAGUGAUUCAGACUCUGAGGCCGACUUUUCAGCUGUGAUGGUGCCCCCGGUGCCCAGCGCAGUGCCUGUUACAGGAGAGUCCUACUGUGGCUGUGAUUCUCAGGCUGAGACCAGCUACAACCCUCGUCUGCGAGGUUUUCACCAAGUCAGAGACUGCCACUGUGGAGAGGACGACCAAGGUACAGAACAGCUGAAACAUCACUUAUUAGUGACGCAGCCAAUCAUGUUAGCUCUUACUGAGGUCUGUGGUUACUGUGGUGAACAAAGACUCUCUGCUGUUUCAGAGUUUGACUGGGUUUGGGACCCAAACAGCCGAUCCACAGCGACUAUGCUGAGCUGUGACAAUCGCAAAGUCAACUUCCACUCUGAGUACAGCUGUGGGACGGCGGCGAUCCGCGGCUCCAAGGAGCUCGCUGAAGGGCAGCACUUCUGGGAAAUCAAGAUGACCUCCCCAGUUUAUGGGACAGACAUGGUAAACUUCUGCACCUCACUGUCUGUCACGGACCUGCUGGGACUCUGAGUUUCCUCAUCUCUCUGUCCGUCAUUUUCUUACAGAUGGUCGGCAUCGGGACUUCUGAUGUUAAUCUGGACAAAUACAGACACACGUUCUGCAGCCUGUUGGGGAAAGAUACGGACAGCUGGGGACUUUCCUACACCGGUGAGAUAAACAGCUGCUCUGAUGUGGCGGCGGUGGGAUUGUCUUCCUCUCUGUUUGUUUGUGGCGCAGACACAGACAGGUUUAACCUCAGAGUAAAUAUUACAGCCCUCUUCAGAACAAAAGGGGACGUGGGGACAGAGCCAAACAAACAGGAGGGGCUGGGAACCAUAAUAUCAACCUUUGAUAGAGUCCUCUGAGGUCCUGUGUGUCCGGGUGGAUUUCUAAGCAGCAGUAGCUCCUCUGUUUUCUUUAGUUCAUGUUAAACAUCUGUGAUCGUCCCUUUUUCAGGUUUGUUGCAUCAUAAAGGAGACAAGACGAACUUCUCCUCCCGGUUUGGACAGGGCUCCAUCAUCGGGGUCCAUCUGGACACGUGGCACGGCACUCUGACUUUCUUCAAGAACCGCAAGUGUAUAGGUGAGCACCGGCAGGAGAGGAAGAGGUUCUUACCACAAAAACACUCGUCUGUAAAGUGGCAGCAGUUACUGUUUUUGAUACUCAUCUGAAUAAAUCGGUCGACUCUCCUCUCUCACUUCAUCGUCGUCGUCGUCGUAGAGCAGAUUUGUUGACCUCUGUUUCUGUUCCAGGUGUUGCUGCCACAGAGCUGCAGAAUAAGCGCUUUUACCCGAUGGCGUGCUCCACAGCCGCUAAGAGCAGCAUGAAGGUGAUCAGGUCGUGCUCUGCUCCCACCUCCCUGCUCUACCUCUGCUGCGCUCGCCUUCGUCAGCUGCUGCCUGACUCUAUAGACACCCUGGACGUGCUGCCUCUGCCGCCGGGACUGCGUCAGCUGCUCCACAACAAACUGGGCUGGGUUCUCAGUCUCCACAGCGGCACCACAGAGGAAACACCCGAGGGCUCUGAGCGCCCCUCACGUUCUCACGGCCCCUCCAUGGCUGGACCGUCGUCCUCGGAGAGCGACUCGGAGGGCUGCACGUCAGACCCCGAAGCCUGUCAGAGGAAGAGAUGUCGCUGGACAUGACGGGACGGUGCGAUUCCUACCUCCUCUUUAACACUGGCAGACGUUACAAGUGGCAUCUUCUCCAGAGUUUCCUCCCUGCCUCCUGCUUUCCCAACAUCCUUUAGUGAAAAUAUGACAGACAGGGUCAGAGCGGUACGUAAGUCCAAAACUGUGAUGGCAGAACCUCUGCCUGCACGUUUUUACUGUGAUCUUCUCUCAUGACUUCCUCACGUCUUCAUCAUGCAGUCAGUAUCCAAAGCAGCUUUAGUAAUCAAAGUUAUGGUGUUGGGUAUUUAGCGUUUCUUGUUGCCACAUGUAUUUAGGGUUUAAUGCAGGAAAGGACUCUACAGUGCAACACUGAAGUCGAGUAUGGCCACAUUUUGGUGGUCAUCCAGGUGUAUUUUUCUGAAAAAAAAGGGGGAUUCAAGAAUAAGAGACUGUAUAUUUUCAGUGUUUUCAUCAUGUAUGCAAGUAAUGUAUAUUGUUCUCACCGUAAAGGCUCUCCUCACUCAUCAUCGCCACAGUGAUAUGUUACAUGUUUGACCGGCGUCGACGACUUCCUGUUGCUUUGCCAAAGUCAAAGAGAAAACGAAGCGCCGCAGGUCUGAGAGUUCUCAGCUCUAAAACUCACUCCUCAGCUACCGCAGAGUUAAAAAAAGAACCUGAAUGUACUUCAUGACUUUUUUAUUUCCACUGAAAAAUCAUCAAAAGUCUUUAAAAAAUGAGUAAAAGUUAAAAUCCUUCCUGUUACCAGCUUUUAAGAAGUCUCCGCCCUCCUCCAGGGUCCAUAUUUUCUAACAUGCAGAUGUUCAGAUGUUUGUCUCAUUCUUAAGUUGGUUUUUUAAAUCUGAUACUAAUAUUACUGAGAGGAGACCGCCGCACAUUCAUCACUGUUACGCCUACAGAUUUUAACUAAAAGAGACUCUGAGCAGUUUUAAUGUCAAACUUUUUUACUGAUAUGUUUAUGCAAAGAUGUUGAUAAGUUUCCUGAAGCCGCGCUCCGUCACUUCCUGUUGGUUUUAAAUCCUCUUUGUAUAAAACUCUGAUCAGAUUUAAAGAGAAAUUUUCCUUUAAAAUCAAAAGAAGCUGCAGCUGAUAAUCUGGCCUGAUGUCCGGAUCACUGAGGUAUUAUAGAGAAUGAAUAUUAAGGUUGUAACCGUCACCUCUGGGUCAGAUUUGUAAAUAAGGUUUAGUUUCUUCAGAGUAUAGAUCUUAAUGUUAGUGUUUAAGCCGGGUGUCGGAGCUUCUUCACAGACUGCUGCUUCAGUCUCUCAUCACGUUCACUCCUCGAGUUCGAGCGGACGCACUCGAAGGUUUCAGGUACUAUGCAAUGUGAGAGCCUUCUGUGAUCAUUUAGAAAGGAGCGUGUUUUAGGAGGUCACCACGGCGGCACUGACAGCGGUGAAGGUACCGAGGACCAUCAGUCAUUAGUAGAUAAACAUGACUUUCUUAAUUCUGCUCUAAUUAAUCCUACAGAUGUAGAAAUGUAACCACCGAGCGCUCGGCUGGAGACCAGCAGGAUCUUUGUCUUAUCUCACAGUUCUUGUCUUCACUUUGAUGCAUCCAAGCACUUUUUCUUACUGUGUGACUGUAAAUAAAACGACGUUUCAAGUGUUUCUUCUACACGUGUCAUACUAAUAAUAAUAAUUAUGAUAAUAUUACUGUAUGUAAAGACCUUCACUCGCCUUUUUCUGUAUCAGCAUGGUUUUCAGCUGAAAUAAACAAACGAUCAAUAUGCACCAAGGACUCAA